AUGAGUGCCAGCAUGAGCGGUGUUGCUAACGCUUCGACGGGCUCGAAAAAAUCUCUCAAAGCUUUUAGUGAUGAUAUAUGGAAGAAUAAAACUGCAAAGAUAAAUGCUGAGCUAUUCACACUAACGUAUGGAUCCAUAGUUUCUCAACUUUGUACCGACUUUGAGCGAGACUUUGCCAAGGUGAACAACCAGCUAUACUUAAUGGGUUACAACAUCGGCAUGAGGCUGAUUGAGGACUUUCUUGCACGUACUGCCCUCCCCAGAUGCGAAUCGCUAGCUAAGACCAGCGAAGUGGUGAGCAAAUGUGCUUUCAAGAUUUUUUUGAACGUCACCCCUCGGGUAGGGAACUGGUCAAGCAGUCAGGACUCGUUUUCACUGUUUUUGGACGAGAAUCCUCUUUCCGAUUUCGUGGAAUUGCCAAUGGACGCAGCUAAAGAAUUAUGGUAUUCAAACAUUAUAUGUGGGGUUUUAAAGGGAGCUUUAGAAAUGGUUCAAAUGGACUGUGAUGUUUACUUCACAAGCGACGUCUUAAAAGGGGAUCAGACGACAGAGCUGCGAGUAAAGCUCAACAGAAUUCUCAAGGAUGAGAUUCCAGCAGGUGAAGAUUGA